UACGGUAACCUCCUUUACUUCCGUCUCUAGCUCGUCUCCUCCACAUCAUACAUCCGCCCGCAAACCGGACCGUGGGGGGAGUACGGUUCCUAAUUAGGCUGUACACUGUGCGACGAGGAGGAAGCCAGCUGUUGUAACAACAGGUUGCAGAGAUCAUGGAGCCGAAGACGGUGGAGCCAGGAGAGCAGACAGGAGGAGGGAGUCUAGCUGCCAAGCUCUGGCUGCCAAGGGGGAUCUCAGGAGGCAUGGUUAAGGACUGGCUUGAUCGGCGUCGCCUGGCCAUGAGGCCCUGGUCAGCGUUUGUUGACCAACGCACGUUUUCAAAGCCACGCAACUUUGGGGAGUUGUGCCAGAGAGUGGUGCGCAAUCUGGACACCUACCACAGCAACUACACCUUCAUCUUCCUAGGCCUCAUUCUCUACUGCAUAAUCAGUUCUCCCAUGCUGUUGAUUGCCCUGGCGGUGUUUGUAGGGGCCUUCUACAUCAUUCAUCUCAAGUCGCUGGAAUCCAAGCUGGUAGUGUUUGGGCGUGAAAUAACGGGGGCACACCAGUUAGGCCUGGCUGGGGGAAUCAGCUUUCCUGUAUUUUGGUUGGCUGGAGCUGGGACUGCAGUCUUCUGGGUACUAGGGGCGACAAUUGCUGUGAUUGGCUCUCAUGCAGCCUUUCGUGAGCUGGAAGGAGCCGAUAUGGAUGAACUCAUCAUGGAACCAGUCUAACUUCAAACCUUUCACCUCUAAUUUCUCAUAUCCUGGCAUAUGCUUAUGAUGUCAGUAUAAUUGUAUCAUUCUUAUCUAUAGUUACAUUUGUUGACAAAGACCUUGACUAAAUUAAACUUUUAAAUUAGACGGUUUGCAGCUUGUAUUGAUAUGUAUCGGCUAACAUGUGUCCCUAAGAGCAGAUACAGAUUGACGGUUUUUUGGUGGGCUUUAUAGGAAUACAAAAAUCAAUGCUCUUAAUUACCUGCCAGUUGGAACUUCUGAGGAGGUAAAGAUUAAAAUUUCAUCUGCAUGUUACAUGGCCUUUUUAAUAUCACCAGGGAGGACAAUUAAUGAUGCUUUAGCAGCACAAUGUCAUAAUUCCCUUCCAGUGUACUGUAUAUGUGUAUAUCGCCCUCAACUGGUAAGAUUUGGGAAAAAAGCUUCGGCUCCAGUAGAAAUCGGGGUUUUUUUUAUCAACGCACUCCAUAGCCAAAAUAAAGAACACUGUCAAAAUGUAUCUGUAGUAUUUAAUUUCCUCUUAUACAUUAAUCUUGUUGCCAUGUAAGACCACUUGAAAAUGUGGGCAGCCUUGAUUUAUAUAUGAAUACUUGGUCUACCCUAGACUUUAGUAGUAUCUGAUUGCGAUACAUUAUAUAGGCUCUAUAGACUGUUAAGCCCUUUAAUAUUUGUAUCAAUUUCAUGUAUUCAGCAUAGCAUUUUGCAAAUUCAUUUAAUGGUGUUUUUUUCAUGCUGCAUUUCGAGCUGUAGCUAUUAUGCCUUUGUAUUUUUAUUUAUUGGUGGGAAGUGCAAUAAAAUUCUGCCUGUACGUUG